AUCAGACCCUUUUUUUGUCUCUCGAUUGCUGUCUCCCGACCAAACUCCGAUGUGUUCCGUUAUCAGCGACCUAAAGCCUGCCAUUCCAGCACCUGUCUUGCUAGGGAUCGGUGGAUAGUAUACGAUUCAGAAAGCAGACAAGGACAUAGGAGGAGAGAGAGCUCUAGAGAGACAGCCAGGGAUAGGCACAGAGAGCUUUGAAGUAAUUGGAUUCAAUGGACGAAAUGCUGCUGUUGACAAGAAUUCUCUUGGUGGGCUUCAUCUGCGCUCUUUUAGUCUCCUCUGGGCUGACUUGUGGACCAGGCAGGGGCAUUGGAAAAAGGAGACACCCCAAAAAGCUGACCCCUUUAGCCUAUAAGCAGUUUAUUCCCAAUGUGGCAGAGAAGACCCUAGGGGCCAGUGGAAGAUAUGAAGGGAAGAUCACAAGAAACUCCGAGAGAUUUAAAGAACUAACCCCAAAUUACAACCCUGACAUUAUUUUUAAGGAUGAAGAGAACACGGGAGCUGACAGACUGAUGACUCAGCGCUGCAAGGACAAGCUGAACGCUCUGGCGAUCUCGGUGAUGAACCAGUGGCCCGGGGUAAAGCUGCGGGUGACCGAGGGCUGGGACGAGGACGGCCACCACUCCGAGGAGUCCCUGCACUACGAGGGCCGCGCCGUGGACAUCACCACGUCGGACCGGGACCGCAGCAAGUACGGCAUGCUGGCCCGCCUGGCCGUCGAGGCUGGCUUCGACUGGGUCUACUACGAGUCCAAGGCGCACAUCCACUGCUCCGUCAAAGCAGAAAACUCAGUGGCAGCCAAAUCCGGAGGUUGCUUCCCUGGCUCGGCCACGGUGCACCUGGAGAAAGGUGGGACCAAGCUGGUGAAGGACCUGAGGCCCGGAGACCGGGUGCUGGUGGCCGACACCGAAGGCCGUCUGCUCUACAGCGACUUCCUCACCUUCCUGGACCGCGAGGACGGCUCCCACAAGCUCUUCUACGUCAUCGAGACGCGGCAGCCCCGGGCCCGGCUGCUGCUGACGGCCGCCCACCUCCUGUUCGUGGCGCCCCAGCAGAACCAGUCGGAGGCGGGGAGCGCCGGCGGCCGGGCGCUGUUCGCCAGCCGCGUGCGGCCGGGCCAGCGCGUCUUCGUGCUGGGCGAGGGCGGGCGGCGGCUGCUGCCGGCGGCCGUGCACCGCGUGUCGCUGCGGGAGGAGGCGUCGGGAGCCUACGCGCCGCUCACCGCCCAGGGCACCAUCCUCAUCGACCGCGUGCUGGCCUCGUGCUACGCCGUCAUCGAGGAGCACAGCUGGGCGCACUGGGCCUUCGCUCCCUUCCGCCUGCUGCAGGCCCUGCUGGCCGCCCUCUGUCCCGCCGGGAUGGGGUCCCCCAUGGGAGACCCCACGGCCCCCGGCAUCCACUGGUACUCGCGGCUCCUCUACCGCAUCGGCAGCUGGGUGCUGGAUAGUGACUCUCUGCACCCGCUGGGCAUGAUGGUGUCGUCCAGCUGA